CAACCAUGUGGAGUCGAGUGAGUGUUCGGAUUCUUGGGAUUUCUACGAGGCUACUACACCCUGACUCCGCGGUUGUGCCCGUAGUUAAUGCGAGAAGAUAUUUACAAGACAGAACCAGAUUUUACAAAAACGCUCACAUCAAGCACAGCAAGCAAGGGUGGGAGGUACUUUUGGACAAAAAGAAGUUGAAAACCCCGUUUGGAAAUGUAUUCCAAGUCCCAUCUGAAGCUUUAGCCUUGGCUGUUGCGACGGAAUGGAACGCGCAAGAAAAGGUUAUAAAGUCGCACGAUAUGCACUUGACAUCGUUAUGUAAUACAGCGAUUGACAAUCCUACUCACAGAAACAAAGAACAGACUGUAGACAGUAUCAUUCAUUUCUUGGACACUGACACAAUAUGCUACUGGUUAGACGAGCCAGAAGAACUCACCGACCUUCAGAAUGCAGAAUGGAAACCAAUGAUAGAAUGGUUGCAGCAUAGAUAUGACAUAUCGGUUGAGCCCACCUAUGGGUUACUUCCCCCAGGAAUACCCGAGGAGACCAGAGCGCUUUUGCAAAGGCAUCUGAAUUCUUACACUCCAUGGGCCUUGGUUGGUUUUGAGUAUUGCACUGAUGCCUUGAAGUCUCUGAUCCUAACUUUAGGUGUUAUGGACAGGCAUCUGUCUGUGGAGAAGGCAGUGGAGCUGUCGAGGCUAGAACUAGAAUUUCAGAUCAAAAGGUGGGGCUCUGUAGAGUGGCAUCACGAUAUAGACUUGCUGGAAUUGAAGGCGAGGGUGGCAGCUGCAGUGUUAUUUGUACAUAUGUCGACUGAAUUUCAGACUGCUGACGCUGCCAAACAGACACAAAGAGGAUGAUUCAGAUGUACAAGUUAAAUUCCAGUGAAUUAAAUUAUAAGAUUGAUAUGAUCAAAACUGCAAUAGGAAUAGUUGCCACCAGUACUUCAAACAGCUACAAUUAUGACUUUCUGCCUACUAUUUGGACCUUUGUACCCUUAUUUUACCAUCUUACCAUCAUUAAAAACUAUUGAACCAUGUGUGCUUGGUAAUCGAAUGAAACUGUAAUUGUGGGGCUUCUGUACAAUAAGUCCUUAAUUGUGGAAGAAAAGAUGUUAUUCCUACUGA